AUGGCUUGUCCGGCAAGUGAUCUAAAUGAAAUCUCUUCAGGGGAUUUGCCAGAAGAAGAACGGAAUCAAACUACCAAAGACAACGAUUCACAAAAAUCUGCCGUCAAACGAUCCCCUUCUCUAAGUCUCAAGGAAAUUUACGAGGAGUUUUGUUCGAAUACCUCGAUACAUGGUUUCCAGUAUUUUGGACAAAGGCGUCCCAAGAAGGAGAUUGGAUUUUGGAUAAUCGUUUUUGUGAUUACAAUUUAUUUUUGCACCACCAUAAUUGUGAAAAUCUAUACGAAGUGGUGUGAAACACCGGUGAUUGUGAGUUUUUCCGAGAAAUCAACACCCAUAUGGAAUAUACCAUUUCCCGCAGUAACCAUUUGUCCGGAGACAAAGAGAGCUCUCAAGGAGAAAGACAAGGACUAUGGUCAUUUGCUGGAGUCUUUGAAGACUUAUGUAGCUGCUGGAGAAAAUCUCAGCGAAAAUUAUUCCCUUCACGAGCUGCAAGAGACCUUGACCCUAAUGCAUAUUUGUCGUUUCGAAAUUGAUCAAGUUUAUGAGAUACCAAAAUUAUCACACAAACCCUUUGACUACUUCGAAACAAUGGAUCGAAUGUUACCCACCAUGGAACGCUAUUUGCUUUUGUGUAAAUGGUUUGGGAAAUUUCAAAAUUGCCAAGAACUCUUCCGCAAGGUUUAUACAGAUGCGGGUGUUUGCUACACCUUUAAUACCCUACAAGCCAAAGAUCUAUUUCGCCACGAAGUGCUGCCAAAUCAAGGAGCUAUGCCAGCAAAUAAAUUUCCUCCCUUACAUUGGUCUUUGGAGGAGGGAUAUCCGGAGGAUAACAUUUUACUGACUUACCCCUCAAGGGUAUUAAGUUCUGGUUCUGAGUCAGGAUUGCAAAUUUAUCUGCAGUCGUUUCCCCAAGAACUUGACUUUACCUGCAAUGGUGCAGUGCAGGGCUUUAAAAUUCUACUGCACUCCCCAGAUGAAACUCCCUCGGUGGCUAAGCAUUUUGUAAGAAUUUCCGGUGGAAAGGAGAUUCUAAUUGCGGUGAAACCUAAAAUGAUAACAACCUCCAAAGAUAUUGCAGCCUAUGAUCCGGAAAAAAGGCGUUGUUUUCUCAGCACCGAUCGACAAUUGCGAUUUUAUAAAAUCUACAAUCAAGAUAAUUGCGAACGAGAGUGCCUGACAAAUUUCACUUACUCUCAAUGCGGCUGUGUACGCUUUUCCAUGCCCCAUACGCAAGAUAUGGAAAUUUGUGGAGAGGAUAAAAUCAGUUGUUAUCACAAGGCCAAGGACCGGCUAAAGUUACAACAAUUUGCGGAGGGUCUCCAGAAGUCAAGUGUGACUUCCUUUUCAUCUGCAGAUUGCAAUUGCCUGCCUGGUUGCACCUCUCUCUCCUAUGAAACGGAAAUUUCGGAGGGCAGCUUCGAUGUGCAAAGCACCCAAAAGGCUUUUAAUGUCACGGAGCUAUUCAAGGGUCAAGUGUCUUUGGUGGAAAUCUAUUUUAAAGAAAAUCAAUUUAUUACCUCUAGACGUUCGGAAUUAUAUGGUGUCUCUGAUUUGUUGGCGAAUUUUGGUGGUGUUUUUGGUUUAUUUAUGGGCAUUUCGAUUUUAAGUAUUGUUGAAUUAUUUUAUCACUGUACCCUACGUCUAUGGUCCAAUAUGACCCUUACAAGUAAUGUGAAUUAA